AUGCUAGAUACUGAAGAAUAGGAUAUUUUAGCUAUUGCUUUAUUCACAGAAAGAAAUAAAUAUUUAUACAUUAAAGAGUUUAUAGAUUUCAUGAAUAUAAAUGAAAAUCCACAUAAAAAAAUUGAUUAAAUAAAUAAUCCUAUUGAAGAUAAUAAAGAUAUAAAAUCUAUUAAUUAUAAUAAAUAUCCAGAUAUAAGAAAAAAUGGUUUUGAUAAAUAAAUAAACUUAGAUUAAUAAAAAAUUGAUAAAAAAUAAGAGAAUAAAGAACUUUUAUCGUCUACAUUAUAAUCUAAUUAAAUUUGUGAACCUCAUCCUAAUAUAAUAGGCCUUGAAUAUUUUAUAAAAAAUCUUAAUACUUUAAAAUAAAGUAAUUCUCAAUAAUUUACUGAUAUUUAAUUUCCUCCUUGUGGUGAUUCAAUCAUUACAGAUAAAACUUAUCCAAGAUAUAGUUAGUGGUAAAAGUUAGAAUGGAAAAGACCUUCUCAAUUUUUCGAUAAUAAUACAUAUCAUAUAUUUUCAAAAACCUAAGCAAUAUAUUCAAGUAGAAUCGGAUUAGGAAAAUUAAUAUCUCCAUACGAUAUUAAAUAAGGAGCUUUAGGUGAUUGUUAUUUUCUAGCUUCAUUAUCAAGUUUAGCACAAUAACCUCAACGAAUUUUGGAAUUAUUUAUAACUCGAAUAGUAAAUAAUUAUGGUAUUUAUUGUGUAAAGAUAUGUUACGAUGGCGAAUGGUAGGCUGUUACUUUAGAUGAUUUAAUUCCUUGUAAAGAUAAUAAACCAAUAUUUACAAAAUCAAAUGGAAUAAAUGAAUUAUGGGUUCUUUUGUUAGAAAAAGCUUAUGCAAAAUUAUUUAAAAAUUAUUAUAAUAUCGAAAGUGGAUAUUGUAGAGAAGCUUUAAGAGAUUUAACAGGUGCUCCUACAAUUUGUGAAAUGACAAGGGACGAAAAUGGAGAAGUAAAUUAGGAUUUAAUAAAAAGAAUAAAAGAAUCUGUAGAAGAUAAAAAUAAUAAUUUUAUUAUCACUGCAGGAGCAAAUGAUGAAGAUGAACUUUCUUAAUCAAAAGCAAAUAGAUUAGGCUUAGUUUAAUCACAUGCAUAUAGUAUUAUAUCUAUCAAAGAUAUUAUACACAGAACUUUGGGAAAAAUUACAUUAAUAAAAUUACGAAAUCCUUGGGCUAAAAAAGAAUGGAAUGGAGAUUUUUCAGACUCUAGUAAUUUAUGGUACUAAGAGUUGAAAGAAUAACUUAGAGUACAUGCCACUGAUGAUGGUGUUUUUUUUAUGAGGCUGGAUGAUUUUUUCAAUAAAAAAUAAUUUACUAUUUAACAAAUUCUUUAAUAUGCAACUUAACCCUUCAAAAAUUAUUAAUAAUUAUUAAGAAAAGAAUAAAUAGAUUUUUCAAACGAAACUGAUUAACAAGUUUUAAUUCAUAUACUUAAAAAAUAAACUAUCAAAACAAAAAAUGAAUAAAACUUUUUAAUGAAUGCUAUAUAUGGGCUUCAUAUGUUUUAAAAAAAUAAACGAAUGCUUGAAAUUAAAGUUUGUAAUAGUAAACUAUUAGAAAACUUGAAAAUUUAAUAUAUUCCAGAAAGAAAAGUAUUAUUUAAUUAUGGUGACUUUGGAUUUACUUUUUACAUAGUUAUAUAAGGAGAAUUAGAUUUAUUAAUGCCAAAUAUUAUAAAAGAUGAAAGUUUUGAUAGUUACCCAAAGGAAAAUAAUAACAAUAUCAAAUAAAAUUAAAGUAAAUGGUAAUUUUUAAAAUCUAAAUUUGUUCCUUUGUAAGAUGAAAUCGAAUAAACUGUAUUAUCUUAAGAAAACGAAAAUACAACAAAAAUAUAUGAAACAUACGAAGAAUAUUUAAAAAGACUAUUCCCAAAUAUGAGUUAUGUAAAAACUUUUACUGCAGGAGAAUCUUUUGGUGAAAUAGCUAUAUUAAAAGGAUAAAGAAGGUGA